AAGGGGGAAGGGGAAAGCUAAGAUUAUAGCUAUAUAACGCGCACCUGUUCUCGUUAAUGAUGCAUUGAAUCGUUAAGGAACUUGUGGUUUUUGCUCCCUCAAUUAAAGUAAAUUAAGCACCAAUCGAUCAUAAAUCAUAUCGGUAGUAAGCCAGUGCUAUAAUGUGUAACACUUCGUCUUUUUGGCAUAGUCAUUGAAAUUCUUGGAAAAGCUAUUGAAACAAUUUUUAUUGACGACGCUUUCCUUCGAAGUUCCGACUUGGAAAAUACCUACAAGCAAUACCUUGCGUUACAAAAAUUUUGGUGCUGAUAAGAUUAGCACACUUACAGUACUCUUGCGUAUUGCUCCAGACCUUACAAGUGUGUUUAUUAUCCGCAUAUCUCUCGAAGUUUACUAACUAUUAUCUAUUACGGUUAUAUCUUUGUUUCGGAAAAACGGCUAAUGCUGCGUGAAAGAGGAAAAAUUCAGUGUUCUUAAGGAGUUAGAAUUCUGUAUUCUUCAAACAGAUGCCGUUAGAGUUUAACUUACCCUUUCGACGUGGCAUCGAUUGUAUGGAGCAUUACGAGUUGAAGGUUGAGAAGGCUAGCUUUUUCUGUUGUAGAACGCAGUUCUUCGCGAAAAGGUUAGUUUCGGAGUGUGCUGUGUUCAAUUCGAAGUUACCUGUAAUUGCCGAUUCUUCCUCGGAAUACAAUUAAGGAGCUACCAGUUAGAAAAGUUGAAACACUGCAAACCUUAAUUAACUUAGUGCAUUAUAAUAUAAGAAUUAGCCCCCCAUAAAAGAUCAGUUUGAAAAGGGUUUUUAUCCAUAGAAUUUGUGGUAAAAAGCGGGACUUUGGAACAUUUUUGUAGAUGAGUACAUUCGAACAUACUCAGAACACUUAAGAGUUAACAUUUCCAUUUUAAAGUUAACUCGUUUUCAACAAAGCGAGUGCCACUAAUGCUGUUUCUUCCAAGAGUUAUAUGUUCAACUUUCUUUUCCUUGGUUGAUAAAUCAUAUUUAAAGCUUCCUUUUAGAUGUAUGACUGAAAUCAUUAGUGGAUGAUUUACACUCACUAACGAAGAACUUUAAAAAGGUUUGGAGCUCAUUUUUAAAAGAGGUCAUAUACUGACCUUUUUGAAUCUUCUCCUGGAAAUAAAAAUUAUAAAGGUAAUAAGUUUAUUUCAGACGUAUACUCAAAAGGAGCCACUAUAUUGGCAAAAGUGAAAAAUUGUAUAAAUUAGUCAAGAUGCUUGAGGUAAGGUCUGAAAGAACUGCCAAAGUUAAAUGGGAUUUCGAAGAAAUAGUGCAUUUGAUGCACGGUCUCCUUAUGCAUAAAGGAAAAUUAAAUAUAUUUAUUUUAUGCAAUUGCCAAGGAUUUUAGCUACAACUUUUUUCUUUGCCCCUUCAAUAUAUCAAUUUAAAAGAUGCUAGCAAGAGGAUAGAAGCUAAUAGUGUCGAAAGCUAAAUUAUUGGUUCGCAUAAACGUUUUGACCUCAAAGAAUUUCUUAUUGAUGCCAGAAAACGUAUAUGGAUAAAUAUGGUUUGGCUCUUGAUGGUAAUGCCACUCACGCAUACUUUGGGCUUGUUAAGCAUGAAUUACAGCUCCACAGAAAUGGAAGCAGACUUUCUUAAGCAGAGGAGUAGCUUGGAAGGGAUGAAUUUACCCCAUGAUGCCUCGAGGAAACGUGCCACUGACGUGUGGCAAUCCUACGCCCUAUGUGUCACGACUGGAUCAAGGCCAAAGGUCUGCAAGGUUCCAUCAAAUGAGGGAUCUUCAGAUAUUUUUAGGGAUUAUCGGUGUGCUGAUAAACCUAUUAACGCUGAAACCCGAAUGUACCAGUGUCUCUUGCAGGGCCCCUCUUUAAAUUUUGUUGACAUCUCAAUAGAAAGGGUUGAUAGCAUUACCGAGGAUAAGCAAGAUGAAACGUUAGUACACGGCACAGAAGGUUAUGAAGGCAGAAGUUAUAAAGUUAGUUAUUGUAAGUUUUUUUGAGAAUAGUUCCUGAUAUGGGCCCUAUUGGCAAUCUAGCUAGACUACAUCAAAGAAUAGAGAAUAAAUACAAAAGUUCGGGCUCGUUUACUUUAGGAAAAUCUUUAAAUUUAUUGUUUGAUGCCCUUCGCAGGCCACCUGUAGAUUUAAACGAGAAAUUUUAGAUUUUUUAGCAGAGUUUGACCUUUUAAAGAGAGUUGUUAAUAAAACUAAAAAGUAUAUUUUUGUGGGAGAACCAUAAAUUUUAUUACUUUUUAUUUUUCCUAAUGGUUGAUGGAUUUGUUUAUUUUUGG